AUGAAGGUCCCCGGGGCUGCCCUCGCCGUCCUUCUCUGCACCAUGGCCCUCUGCAGCCAGGUCUUCUCUGCACCAUUUGGUGCUGACACCCCGACCGCCUGCUGCUUCUCCUAUAUAUCCCGGCAGAUUCCACGCAAAUUCGUAGACGACUAUUUUGAGACCAGCAGCCAGUGCUCCAAGCCUGGUGUCAUCUUCCAAACCAAAAGAGGCCGGCAGGUCUGUGCCGACCCCAGCGAGGCCUGGGUCCAGGAGUACAUCACCGACCUGGAGCUGAAUGCUUGA